GUAGCAUCGUGCAGCCGCUUCUGAAAGAUGUGAAGACCAUAGUGGCGACCGCGAAAGCUUUCGCGGCACUUCUGGGAGAUGGGAGGGUGGUGACCUGGGGCGUGGAACGAUACGGCGGGAGUAGCUGUGAGGUACAGGAGCCCCUUCAGGGAUGUGAAGCAGAUUCAUGCCACUACCGGUGCUUUCGCCGCCUUGCUUGGAGAUGGUGGUGUGGUGACAUGGGGUCAACGAAAUCGUGGGGGUCAGAGCCGCGAGGUUCUGAAGGCGGUGCAGAGCAUCACAGCCUCUUCACAUGCCUUCGCGGCCAUCUUAUCGGAUGGCCGUGUGGUCACCUGGGGAGAACAUGA